GCUGUGCGUGCAUUUCGGAAUGAGUACAUGUGCCUUCGUCCUUGGGGCUGCUUCGUCCUUGGAGCCUGUUCGGAAGAUGCUUGGCUGGGUGGGACCUUGGCAGCCAAGGCGGAUGCCUUUGGCUCUUCUGCCCGUUUCCAAAAGGGCCACUUGAGGUAUUUAGCGCUCCUGGCCGACAGCCGGCGCCUCAACGCGCUCUUGGCCGAGCUGAGCGCCGUGCAAGGGCUGGCGGACAGUGCGGCACCGGAGGAGGCCUGUGUUCUUGGAUGUGCAGCUGGUGCAGCUGGUGCAGCAGACCACGCUUCACCAGCUGAUUUGGAUCAUCUCAACAUUUGGGCAGUGGAAGUAAGGAUCAAAUCGGAGAACUCGAAGAUGAUAAGGAGCUGCGACACCGAGAAC